UUUGUCAAGUUGAAGAAUUUGUCUUUUGUUCACUUCCAUUUUAGAUAAGUGACUCUGCUUAUAAUCAUUGGUAUUUGGUACACGAGCUUGUUUGUCUUUUUGUUAAUUCAACUCGGGAUUGAGUCGGUCCGAGUCAGAUACUAUGUUCUUGAUUUUGUGUGAUCCAGCUGGUCUGAUUCAGACGCUUUUUCUGAGUCAUGUAUAAUCCAAAUUGUUCCAAGAUGAGAGGAACGACAAUGAUGCUGCUGUUAUUAGUAGGAGUGCUAGCAUGUUUUGGUGCUGUCAUGGUAGUGGAAGCAGAAGACCCAUACAGAUAUUUCACUUGGACUGUUACCUAUGGUACCAUUAGCCCUCUUGGUAAACCUCAAAAGGGAAUUCUCAUCAAUGGACAGUUCCCUGGUCCAAGACUCGACUGUGUCACCAACGACAACCUUAUUAUUAAUGUCAUUAACAAGAUUGAUGAACCUUUCCUCCUUACAUGGAAUGGGAUCAAGAACAGAAAGACUAUAUGGCAAGAUGGAGUACUUGGAAGCAAUUGCCCAAUCCUUCCGGGCCAUAACUUCACAUACCAUCUUCAAGUCAAAGAUCAAAUUGGAACAUUCAUGUAUUUCCCUUCACUACAAAUGCACAAAGCUUCCGGCGGCUACGGAGGAAUCAACAUGUAUACUCGCCCCAAGAUCCCUCUCCCAUUUGCCGAACCAUCUGGUGAUUUCCAUUUACUCAUUGGUGACUGGUACAAGGCUGGCCACAAGGCAUUGCAGAAUAUUUUGGACUAUGGGAAAAAGCUUGCUUUUCCAGAUGGUUUGAUUAUUAACGGAAUGCAAAACGGAAUUGAGAUCCAGGGAGAUCCAGGGAAAACCUAUAUGAUCAGGGUAUCAAAUGCUGGUUUGUCAACUUCAAUCAACUUUAGGAUUCAAGGUCAUAAAAUGAGGCUGGUUGAAAUGGAAGGAUCUCAUACAGUUCAAGAAUGGUACGAUUCUCUUGAUAUCCAUGUCGGUCAGUCACUCGCUGUUCUUAUCACGUUAAAUCAGAAAGCUAAAGGUUACUACGUCGUUGCUUCAUCGCGGUUUGCCAUCCCUGUACUCACUUCCACUGGAUUACUUAAGUACUCCAACUCCAGGGAGAAAGCUUCAGGUGCUAAGCCAAUUGGUCCAACUACCCAUGUUCACUGGUCCUUGAAACAAGCUCGAUCUUUCAGAUGGAAUUUGACAGCGAGUGCAGCAAGACCCAACCCUCAAGGGGCAUACCACUAUGGUAGUGUCAAGCCAACCAGGAUACUUCAUCUAGCUAACUCUGAGGUUAAAAUUAAUGGCAAAUUGCGAUAUGCAAUUAACGGGAUGUCAUACGUGAACCCUGAUACUCCAUUGAAAUUAGCUGAUUAUUUCGACAUUCCUGGAGUAUUCGACUUGAAAACAUUCAAGAAUAAAACUCAAGCUGGUCCUGCUAAACUAGGAACUCCUGUAGUUGGACUUUGGCUUCAUGACUAUGUCGAAAUUAUCUUCAAUAACAAUGAAAACACCAUUCAAUCUUGGCAUCUUUCUGGUACCGAUGGCUGGGUCGUCGGGUAUGGACCUAAGAAGUGGACAGCAGCACAAAGGAAAUUCUACAAUUUAGUGGAUGCUGCAACAAGAUACACAAUCCAAGUAUACCCAAAAUCAUGGACAGCAAUGCUAGUACCAUUUGACAACAAAGGAAUGUGGAAUUUGAGGUCGGCAAUCUGGCCAAGAAGGUACCUAGGACAGGAAUUAUAUAUCAGAGUAUGGAACGAGGAGAAGAGUCCUUUCACUGAAUACGAAAUCCCUGCAAAUGCAAUUCUUUGCGGUAAAGCCAGGGGUAAGCACAUCUAGGCCGUGCACUUGAUUCUACAGCUACUAGCUAGUAGUACCACUCUAUAUAGUUAGCUUAGCUAGUUACCCUUAUUGUUAUAUGUGUUAGUACGAUCCAAUACCGCGAUUAUGAAAGCGGAUUGUUUUCUUUCCGUUCGUUUCUUUUUAUGUUAAGUGUAAUUUCUCUGACUAAUUUUUUGCGGUCACACUCACGGUAGUGUGACUUGCUGAAAAAUGUAGCCAAGAAGAAUAUUUUUAAUUUCUAGGAAUUAGGAUGUUGGUGAGAUUGAAACUCGUCGUUAGCCGCUCUACUAGCAUCAGCUAGAGAAGAAGAUUAAUCAAAAUAAAGCAGUUUUUUUAAUUUGUCCAGUGAUAUUUAAUUGUUUAUCCGGGGGCAUGGUUCCCAAAA